ACGUAAGCGGAAGUAGACUCGGCGCCGGACGUGGGGCGGAGCUUGCUGCGAACAAGCUUCCUAAAGCGAACGGGCCAAGCUGGCGCCUCUUGCGAUGGAGUUGGUCACUUCUGAUAGUGCCCCAGCUCUAGAAAAUGAGCACCCUCAAGAGACCCCAGAAUCCAACAACGGUGUGUAUACUUCCUUCAUGAAGUCUCAUCGCUGCUAUGACCUGAUUCCCACAAGCUCCAAAUUGGUUGUAUUUGAUACUUCUCUGCAGGUGAAGAAAGCUUUCUUUGCUUUGGUGACUAAUGGUGUGCGAGCUGCCCCAUUGUGGGAUAGUAAGAAGCAAAGUUUUGUGGGCAUGCUGACCAUCACUGAUUUCAUCAAUAUUCUACACCGCUACUAUAAAUCAGCCUUGGUACAAAUUUAUGAGCUAGAGGAACACAAGAUAGAAACUUGGAGAGAGGUCUAUCUGCAGGACUCCUUUAAACCACUUGUCUGCAUUUCUCCCAAUGCCAGCUUGUUUGAUGCUGUCUCUUCGUUAAUUCGACACAAGAUCCACAGGCUGCCAGUUAUUGACCCAGAAUCAGGCAACACCUUGUACAUCCUCACCCACAAGCGCAUCCUCAAGUUCCUCAAAUUGUUUAUUGCUGAGUUCCCCAAGCCAGAGUUCAUGUCUAAAUCUCUGGAAGAGCUACAGAUUGGCACCUAUGCCAAUAUUGCUAUGGUCCGCACUACCACCCCUGUCUACGUGGCUCUGGGCAUCUUUGUACAGCAUCGAGUCUCAGCUCUGCCAGUUGUGGAUGAGAAAGGACGUGUGGUGGACAUCUACUCCAAGUUUGAUGUUAUCAAUCUGGCAGCUGAAAAAACCUACAACAACCUAGAUGUGUCUGUGACCAAAGCCCUACAACAUCGAUCACACUACUUUGAGGGUGUUCUCAAGUGCUACCUACAUGAGACUCUGGAGACCAUCAUCAACAGGCUGGUGGAAGCAGAGGUUCACCGACUUGUGGUGGUGGAUGAGAAUGACGUGGUCAAAGGAAUUGUGUCACUAUCAGACAUCCUGCAGGCCUUGGUGCUCACAGGUGGAGAGAAGAAGCUCUGAGCUGGGGAAGGGGCCAGACAGCACUUACCACUUACUGGAAGUUUUGGGAAUCAGUUGAAACCUUGGGAGAAUUAUGAUUCUGUUCCCCUGCUCAGGAGUCCCUUUGUCUUUUAGCUGGGAACCAGAGGAGGCACGGGGGGAAUAAGGAGAAUGGAUUUUGUAACUGUCCUUACUCUGCCACACACGCUUGAGAAAAAACUUAGAGCUAGCGGGUCCUAGUCCCCAUAUUAUAGACCUAGCCCCAUUUCUGGGUCAACUCUUCUGAUCUCCCAGACAACCCUAGACUUCAGCUUGCCUUUGCUCAUUUCUCUGCUCUGACUCUAAGAUAAUAGCACAACAAAACUCUUCAUAAAGAUAUUUUUUAUUCAUCCUGUUUCAUAUAUGAAAUGGAGGUGGCUGAGCCCAUUCUUCUCGUAUCAUGUAAGUGGGGAGGAUUAUAAAGAGGUCCCUUGGGUUCCUGUGGUAUAUGCAUAUGAAGGGAGAUGGUGGUUAGAUGGAAGAGGGCAGAGUAUUAGCCAAGGUUCUUGCUGUUCAUGGCAGAUCUAAUUAAAUGACAGAAAUCUCUUUAUAGUA